UCCUUUGAGCGGGGAGGGUGGGGGACGGUGUUCGGCGUUGCUCGUGUCUCGGCGCUGCCUCAUGGCUUUCAACUUCGGGGCGGCUGCUGGCGGCGCGGCCGCCCCAAACCCCGCGGGAUUUGGUGGGCUUGAAGCAGCAAAUUCCACUGCCACUGGGUUUAAUUUUGGGGGGUUUGGAUUAACUGCCAACCCUGCAGUGAAUUUUAACAUUGGGAAUUUUGGUGUCUCCACUACUUCGGCGCCACCGUUUAAUUUUGGUAACAGUCUGGCCAGCGCAGGAGCUUUUGGGGGGUUUGGGACCGCCAACACCACCGCGGGGUCCACCUUCAGUUUCUCAACUCCUACAAAUACAGGGUUGUUUGGAGCUACCCAGAACAAAGGUUUCGGUUUCGGUACCACCUUUGGAACAGCCCCAACUACAGGAACUGGGCUUGGCACCUUGGGAACCGGUUUGGGCUUUGGUGGUUUCAACACUCAGCAGCAACCAACACUUGGAGGCCUCUUCAGCCAGCCUGCUCAAGCCCCUUCACAGUCCAACCAGCUGAUCAAUACAGCGAGCGCGCUUUCCGCCCCGAGCCUCUUGGGGGAUGAGCGAGAUGCCAUUUUGGCCAAGUGGAAUCAGCUGCAGGCAUUUUGGGGCACAGGCAAAGGGUAUUUCAACAACAACAUUGCCCCCGUGGAAUUUACGCAGGAGAACCCGUUCUGCAGAUUUAAGGCCGUGGGCUACAGCUGCAUGUCCAACAACAAGGACGAAGAUGGCUUGGUGGCCCUAGUCUUCAAUAAAAAGGAAAACGAGAUCCGUGGUCUGCAGCAGCAACUGGUGGAAUCGUUGCACAAAAUCUUGGGUUCAAACCAGACGCUCACUGUCAACGUGGAAGGUUUAAAGACACUGCCUGAUGACCAGACAGAAAUAGUGAUCUAUGUGGUUGAACGGUCACCCAACGGGACUUCCAGGCGGGUUCCAGCCACCACCCUGUAUGCGCACUUCGAACAAGCCAACAUCAAAACCCAGUUGCAGCAGCUUGGCGUGACCCUCAGCAUGGCCAGGACCGAGCUCUCCCCAGCCCAGGUUAAGCAGUUGCUGCAGCAUCCUCCUGCAGGUGUUGAUCCUAUCAUUUGGGAACAGGCCAAAGUGGACAACCCCGAACCUGAAAAGCUGAUUCCAGUCCCCAUGGUUGGCUUCAAGGAACUCUUGAGGAGGUUGAAAGUUCAAGACCAAAUGACAAAGCAGCAUCAGAGCCGACUGGAUAUUAUAUCAGAAGAUAUAAGUGAGCUUCAAAAAAACCAGACUACCACUAUGGCCAAAAUCGCUCAGUACAAGAGAAAGCUAAUGGAUCUUUCCCAUCGAACUUUGCAGGUGUUAAUCAAGCAAGAGAUCCAGAGGAAAAGCGGGUAUGCCAUCCAAGCGGACGAGGAGCAACUCCGCGUGCAGCUGGAUACGAUUCAGUGCGAGCUCAACGCCCCUACCCAGUUCAAGGGUCGGCUGAAUGAGCUGAUGUCACAGAUCCGAAUGCAGAACCACUUUGGGGCUGUCAGAUCCGAAGAGAGAUACUAUAUCGACGCAGACCUCUUACGGGAAAUCAAACAGCAUUUGAAGCAGCAGCAAGAAGGAUUGAGUCACCUGAUCAGUAUUAUAAAAGAUGACCUUGAAGACGCAAAGCUGAUAGAACAUGGCUUGAAUGAGAACAUUCCAGUUAGAGGGGGCGUCUUCAGUUGAUCGACUGAUCCUUUCCAUUGACUCUAUGGGCAUAGAAAACACCUUGUUUUCCUUCACUGAAAUCCACCAGGUGUGGACCAUAAAUCUUAGUGAAGGUUCUGAGAGAGUGCUAGGGACUUGGCACUCUACCCGGAAGGUCAAAAGGGAUAAAGUUUCUAGGGGGGAAAAAAACCCUGCAGUUGAUUUUAAGGUGGAAGGAUAUUUUGAACACCGCUCCAUGAUUUAAGCCUGCGUUUCUAUUGCGUUCAGCUGUGUCUCAUUUUUGUUUUUCCGAACAACACUCCCAGUGUUAACUUAUCAGUAGGGAAAAUAACACACCUUCUCUGUAUGAGAAACAACACAAAACACCUGGUUUAAAGGAGAAACGCACCUGCCAAUGUUUGGGAAAAACACACAGUCACAGGUGUUUCCCCACCCCCACCCCUUUGUGCUUAAUGGGCACAAAACUAUAAUUUUAUAUCCUUUCAUCAGAAUUUACAAAGGUAAUGAAAUCUGCUUUCUUUCUGUUAUUCAGCCAUAUGCUUUUUGUAACGGAUUACUUGUUUUCAAGAUUACUACAGACGGAAACUGGAUCUAGGAGUCUUAAUCUUGCCCAAUCGCUAAUUUGUUGGCCUAAAUAUCCUAUGAGAUUCAGAGCUACCAACAUCCCUAACCACCACCACCACCCUUUCUCAAGUAAUACAACAGAAACUUGCAUUUUAAGCUGGGCCUGUUGCUUUAAUCCAAGACUCUCCAAACCUAGCAACUUGAAGACUUAAGGAACUUCAACUCCCAGAAUUCUUUGGGCUGCCAUGCCUUUCUGGGAGUUGAAGUCCACCGGUCUUAUUUGGAGACCCCAGCUUUAACAUCCCGCUCCUAAGGCACAGCAGAGGAAUUGUGCCCUCCGUGUUGUAUUUCCUAAGGUGAAAAUGAAAUCCUUAUAAGAAAAGCUUUUACAAAGGGUAUUGCUUUUAUUAUAAUAGAAAGCUAGCUGCCGCUGUUGUUUUUUUGUUUUAAGCCAAGAAAUGGGGCUGAGGAAAUAGCCACAGUUGCGUGCUAGCCUUCUUUCAGAUUUCUUGGCAAUGAAAGGCAGCUCUUGUUAAUAAGUGUUUUUCCAAUUGUUGUUAUGUUAUUAAUUGCACCAGGGAUAAUAAAGGCAGAUUGUCAAACUGGACUGUGCUUGCAAGUGAGCUGGCUGCGCUAAGGCAUCUUGGCAUCACUCCAAAAUACAAUAAUCCAUAGGUGUGCAUGUGGUAAAGGUAGCCCAGGUGUGAAAUCAAGCCCGUGAAUGGUAGCUACUCUGACGUUUUCCAUUUGUAGCUUCUGAGGACGUGACGAUUGGUCAGUAGAUGCCGUUUUAAGGCAAUUACAAGAACAAGAACCCUGUACUUGGACAGCUACAAGCAAAGUAUCCACAUCUUAUCCCCCCUCCCCAAUGGUCUUAGAGUAAAAUCAACUCAGCAUCAUUGUGGUAUUCUCCAAAGUGACCACAUCUGCUUGAAAGCACAUUUGUAGAAAAUUUUUCUGAUCAUUACCCAUUUGCCAAAAUGAUUUUGGUCAACAGCAAUAGACAGUAUUUUUUUUUCUACGGGAAGAACAUGGAUGGAUGAUGAGAGAUUAAUUGGGUCUCCUUUAAUUUAGUAACCUGUUAAAAAUGUAAGAUCCAAGAGGAGACUAAAGAGAAAGAAGACUUAAGUUAAUGAAUAUUGAAGAUUGGAACCUAUGCUUAGGACUGGAAUGAAAAUCUCUGUAUUUUUGAAAUUUAGAUGAGCAAGGAUGGUUAGAACCCAUUUCUACUAUUCUAUGUUAAUGACUGUAUACAGUGG